GGGCCGGGCGGGGGGCCGCCAUGGCCGGGAGUCAAGACAUGUUCGACGCCGUCGUGAUGGCGGACGAGAGGUUUCACGGGGAAGGAUAUCAGGAAGGCUAUGAAGCAGGCAACAGUUUGGGUAUAAUCGAAGGAAGACAGUAUGGCACGUUACAUGGAGCCAAAAUUGGAUCUGAGAUUGGGUGCUAUCAAGGCUUUGCUUUCGCUUGGAGAGGUCUCCUUCACAGUUGUACCACUAAGAAAGACAGCAAAAAGAUGAAGGCCUUAGAAUCGUUGAUUGGAAUGAUUGAGAAGUUCCCUUACGAUGACCCUACUUACGAUAAACUUCACGAGGACUUAGACAGAAUUAGAGGGAAAUUUAAACAGCUUUGUUCAUUACUAAAUGUUCAGCCGGACUUUAAAAUUAGUGCGGAAGGUUCUGGACUUUCAUUUUGAGGAUGACAGAUGAACAAAGACGAAACAUCAAGGAACAGAUGUCCAUGAGGAAACCGAGGCCCGCGGGGACUGCCCAGUCCAAGGGAUCAGCAGCAGAGCUCGGACUCCGAUCCUGCGCCUGCCUGUCACCGCCAUCUUGUGCUGCCUGCCCUGGAACGCGCGGUCACGGCGAUGGAGUGGGUCGCUGUUCUCAGGCCCAGGGUGCGCGGGUCCCCACUGUGCUCCGUGGAGCCACGGGGAGUCACUGUGGCCAGGUGACACGGCAUCUGGCUGAGAGGGGCUUCAGAGGGAGCCUGGACAUACUCUUCACACCGUUUCCAGAUGGGGGUGGGGCUUUGCAGCAUUAAAAUGGUUAAGGCGGGAAAUACUUCAGGCCAAAGACUGAAUGUUGGGCUGCUGCUGUCUCUACAGAGUUCGGGAGCCUUGCGUUGAGGACACUGGGUAUCUCCUGUAACACGACUCCUCUUGUCUUCUGCCCGUACUUCGCAGGCAUCUGUAUCCACAGGGAGGUACUGGGGGCUGUAGGAGGUUCCGUCAGUGAUUCUUGAGCAUCUCUCUGCCCGUCCCCUUGCGCACCCCCCAGGGGGGUGCCCCCAGCAUCGCUGGCAGGUCCCGCCUGCUCCCGUCCGAGGCAGCGUGUCUGAAAGUCAUGCGUGAGACGAAUAAAGGGGUAACCGGGAAUCUGUUCCAGUUUUUAACAUCAUCCUGGAUCGUCUUAGCGGUUGUUGCCAUGCUGCCCAAGCCGGUGGUCCUGAGAGCCCGCCGGGAGACUCGGCUGGGGGCCCCGCAGGAGCAGGUGUGGGUGUUUGCUUCCCUCUCGUCCGGUUCCCUGGGUCAGUGUGCUGAGGGAGAGACCGGGGCUUGACCCUGCCAUGCCGCCGCUGGCGUGUGAGUCCCCGAGCACGGCCCUGGCCUUGGCCGCCCGAGCUCCCGGGAGCUGGCGUGCUCACGGCCGUAGCCAGCGCCUGCCCGCGACCCGAUCCCGCGGCCACCAAGGCCAGCAGCCGACCUCCCUCGCCAGUGGGACGGGCCAGGGGGUGGGGAGGGGGCGACUGUGGUGGUUUUCCUUGAUGGAUUGUUGUGUUUUCUAAGUUCUCUAUUGUGGUAAUAUAUUACUUUCACAAGUGGAGAGAAAAAUAAAUAGCCAGUUUUAAAGCAAAA